ACCGCUCACAGAAUCGAGCUUGAACACUUGGCGAACGGUCGACCAGCGGACCGAGCGAGAAAUAAAGACAGCGUCAGAAAUAAAGACAGAGCGAAAGAGAGAGAGAGAGAGAGAGAGAGACAGCCAGAGAGACAGUGAAAGAGAGAGCAACAAGUUUGCCAGUGGAAAUUUUAGUAACGAAAUGCAGUGAAUACCCGUCCAGUGAAUGCAAAAAACUGGCUUAAAAACAGCCAAUAAACCAAUCUUAAAAAACAACAACAAUCACAAAACAAAAAAAUCGAAACUCGAAACUAUUCAAAAGCUCAUUAUGAACACAAAGGCCGAGCCAGUGAAACAAAACGCUGAGUGAAUCUAGUUGAAUAUUUCGAAGAGACAGAAACAAAAUCAAAAUUAAAACCAAAACAGCAACAAGUGAAAGAGCCAGAAAGAGACGGCCAGACCGGGAGGCCGCGAGUGAGAACGAGACAGGCGAGACGAGACUUUCGCAUCCGAGGUUGAUUUUUGCAUGCCGAGAGAUACAGCUACAACUAUAGCUACAGCUACAGCUACAGCUACAGUAGCUAGAGCCUGAGAAAUAUCUGCAAAUACCAAUUCUUUGUUAUUGCUGAGACAGCCAGUCAGCCAGUCAGGCAGUCAGGCAGUCAGAAAUGGAGUACGAGAAAAUGAUGUAUAUGCCAGGCGGUGAGAUGCCGCAUAGUCCGCAGCUGAAGGCACAUCAGUUCCAGGCCCAGACGCCGCCGGACCAGUACUCUGCCUAUGCGGACAACUUUGACCUGUCCUUGCUGCCGCAAGAGUCCGCCCCCAUUCCCACCACCGUCUUCCAGUACAACGCCCCCCAGAUUAAGGUCGAGUGUGCCUGGGAUAGUCAGCCCCUGCAGCAGCAGCCGCAGCAGCAGUCGCAGCAGCCCGCGAUUCCUCACCCCACCUCCGGCCACCAGCUGAUCCCGCCGCCCGCCUACCCACACAGCGCCUACCCCUCGCCGCAGUCCAGUCCGCUGCAAUCGGAGUUCGCGGCCUACGGAUUCGGCCGCUACGACAGCCUGAACAGCCCGUCCCCCUCGCUAGAGGCGGUCAGCAUCAAGCAGGAGCUGCACAUCCUGCCGCCCUCGCCGCCGGAGUCCAACUGCGAGACGCCCUCGCCGCGAUCGUCCUGCGGGGAGAGCAUCAAGGCAGAGCCCCUGGACGCGGAAAUCGAGGGCCUCAUCGACCUGAACUCGCUGCUCCAGCAGCAGAGCCUGCAGCAGCAGAUACUGCAGCAGGACACCAAGCCCGAUCAUCAGCUGCUGCGCGAGUGCCUGGAGGACACCAGCUUCCAGAAGCGGCACAACCUGAAGCCACUGGCUCUGGAAUCCUUCAUCGGCGGCUUGGCCGAGGUGCGCGGGGACUUUGAGCCGGUCAUUUCGCUGGCCCUGGAGCAUGCCAAACGCGAGGCGGACGCCAUCUGCGCCGAGCUGCAGAUAUCGCAGGAUCCGAAUGGCUGGUCGCCCGCCCAAGUACACGCAUGGCUACGAUCCACCUUGGCCCAAUUCAGACUGCCAGCGGUGGCCGAUUUGGAGCUGCACUUCUGCGAAGACGGUGCCGCUCUGACAUUACUCAGCGAGGAGGAAUUCGUGCGUCGAUUGCCUGAGAGUGGGAGCACGCUGCACGCCCAGUUGGAGAUUUGGAAGAUGGCCUACGCCGACCAGCCCGCUCAUCAGCAGAAUCCGCAGCAGCAGCAGCAGCAUCAGCAGUCGCACCAGUCUGCAAACGGCAAUCUCUGGCCAGCCAGCUAUGCGAUGCCCAAUUUGAACCUGGACUACAACGAGGACAGCGAAGAUGAUGAAGAAAUGGAGACAGAAGCCGCAAUUACAACACUUACCACCAGCAGUUCCACCUCGCCGCCUGCAGCCACGCCCACCAACGGCGGUGCAGCCCCGCAGCCGGCAACAAAACGGCCGAACGGAGGACGGACCGGCGGCGGUGGCUCCCACAUCCACCUGUGGCAGUUCCUCAAGGAGCUGCUGGCCUCGCCGCAGGUCAAUGGAACGGCCAUCCGGUGGAUCGAUCGCAGCAAGGGCAUCUUCAAGAUCGAGGACUCGGUGCGGGUGGCAAAGUUGUGGGGUCGGCGCAAGAACCGGCCGGCGAUGAACUACGACAAGCUGUCCCGCUCCAUCCGGCAGUACUACAAGAAGGGCAUCAUGAAGAAGACGGAGCGGUCACAGCGCCUGGUCUACCAGUUCUGCCAUCCCUACAGCCAAUAACAGGAUGAGCACUGGCCAGUUAUUUAUUGCUAGUUGUAGUUGACCCCGCUGUCCCACUCCAAUCCGAUCCGAUCCGAUCCGAUCCGCUGACUAUGCUCGACUAGCCUUGUGGGCCUAGCGAGUUCUAGUUGUCCAGUCCAUGUACAUAUCCACUUCCACUCACAAUCUUGUUAGGCACGAAGGUAAGUUCGUGCAUCGAUUAAGUUUGGCUUUAGGUUAAGCUCAAACCUGUGCCCGCUGGCGAAGGUAAGUUCGUCGGGGCAGGGUUUUAAGUGACCCCACAUCCCACAUCCCAGUUUCACCGCAAUCGAUCGUAGAUGUAACUCUGAUCCCGCACUGCAGCAUGUUUGUUUAAUUCGGCUGCAUCUGCGCAUGUUUGACUUACCGGCGACAUCUUUAUUCAACUGCUGCCUGUCCGUGCGAAGGAUGACCAACCGCCAGAACGAUGUCCUGUGGCUGGAGUUUCGUCUGGAGCUGUGACCGCCAUUAGUAGUCCGAGGCGAAAUUGGCCAAAAAGUUGCAGCAACCAGAGCUCUCCACAAAAAUGGCCACUGGACUAAAUCUGGCGGGAGCAUCCUUCGUUGGAAGCAUGAAGGUGUCGAGGUAAUUUUAGGAACCAUAUAUCUAUGAUAUAUCAAAAGUAAGUUCUAUGAACAACUUAAUAAGCGAACAAAUGUUAAUAGUAGCGUUAAGGACCCUCAAUUAGCCAUAGGUUUCCUUGAAAGUUUUUUCUCUCUUGCACGCAACAAAAAAGUUAAAAACCUUUCGACUUCGUCCGCAUAAUGCUAUGCUAUAACUCACAGCGAUAUCAAUUAUUUAUUCAUUACCAGGUGGCGGUUCAAUUUAGACAUAUUUUGUUUCACUUUAUUUCGAUUAUACGCAAUUAGCAUAAUUCGAGCAUAAUUUUUCUCUAGUUUCGUUUAUGUGACGGGUAGCGAGUUUAAGUUAAUUUUAAUAUUUAUUCGCUGGCCCAGCCGAGCGGUGAAAUUAUGGAAAGUCAAUUAUUUUUCUGCUAUUUGCAUUAGCAUUAAUGCAGGCGCUUUAAUUGAAUUAUGCCACUGCCAAUUGGCUGCUUGGCUUAUUUUGUUAACCAAAUAGAACAGUUACCGUUUAUGAAAAUAUUUAUACGUAUAUUCUUCACCUAAUUAGGACAUUGCCGGCCUGGCAACUAGUUUAAUGCACUUUACACUUUUUACAACACACCAAUUAUUUAUUUAUUUAUUCAACAAACAUAUUGUCAUGCUACACUAUCAGAUAAUAAAAAUCACAGCAAAAAAAAAAAAAAAACAGUU